AUGCCUCGUUUUGCAAUAAGACCAGGCUCAUUACGACCUUUAAUCCGCCCGCAUCUAGCGCAGAGGUUCGAUCCUCGAUGGACUAAACGGUUCGCACAGGGCAAAUCCACCGGCUCCGAGGCCGCAACCAAGGACCCCGUUGAGCUUGACCAGAUCACCACCUUACCCAAUGGCCUCCGCGUCGCCACGGAAUCGCUGCCGGGGCCCUUCGCCGGCGUCGGCGUGUACAUCGACGCAGGCUCACGCUACGAGAACGAAAGCCUCCGCGGCGUGAGCCACAUCGUCGACCGGCUGGCGUUCAAAUCGACGAAGACGCGGACGGGCGACCAGAUGCUCGAGGCGCUGGAGUCGCUGGGGGGAAACAUCCAGUGCGCGUCGUCGCGGGAGUCGCUGAUGUACCAGUCCGCGAGCUUCAACUCCGCGGUGCCGACGACGCUGGGCCUUCUGGCGGAGACGAUCCGCGAGCCGCUCAUCACGGACGAAGAGGUGCAGAUGCAGCUUGCCGUGGCGGACUAUGAGAUCCGUGAGCUGUGGGCGAAGCCCGAGAUGAUAUUGCCGGAGCUGGUGAACAUGGCGGCGUACAAGGAUAAUACGCUGGGGAACCCGCUGCUGUGUCCGAAGGAGAGGCUGGAUCAGAUCGAUAGGAAGACGGUGGAGAGGUAUCGGGAUGUGUUCUUUGGGCCGGAGAGGAUGGUAGUUGCGUUUGCCGGCGUGCCGCAUGCGGAGGCGGUGAGGUUGACGGAGAUGUACUUUGGGGAUAUGAAGAGGAAGACGGCGCCGGUGCUGGAGGGAGUGGGAAGCGAGAUCAGGGUUAACGAUGCCGAUGAGGAGGUUCCUACGAUGCCGGCGUUUUCUCCUUCAUCUACGACAGUGGCCGAGACGUCGUCCUCCUCCUCGUCAUCGUCUUCGAGAACAUCGUCCUCUGCGUCUACGUCCAGAUCUUCAUCGUCGGGGAUGUUCUCCAAACUCCCAUUCCUCAAAUCCCUCUCUACCUCCGCCUCAGCACGCGCCUCCGUCUCCCCGCUCUCUCCAGACCUUUUGAAACCCGACACCCUCAACCUCAACCAAGUAUCCCACUACACCGGCGGCUUCCUCUCCCUCCCGCCCAUCCCGCCUCCCGCUAACCCCGCCCUCCCCCGCCUCAGCUACAUCCACAUCGCCUUCGAAGCCCUCCCCAUCUCCUCCCCAGACAUCUACGCCCUCGCCACCCUCCAAACCCUCCUCGGCGGUGGCGGCUCCUUCUCCGCCGGCGGUCCCGGCAAAGGCAUGUACUCACGCCUCUACACCAACGUCCUCAACCAACACGGCUGGGUCGAGAGCUGCAUGGCCUUCAACCUCAGCUACACCGACAGCGGACUCUUCGGCAUCUCCGCCUCCUGCCACCCGCAACGCCUGACACACAUGAUCGAUGUGAUCUGCGGUGAGCUGCAGGCGCUCACUCUGGAGAAGGGCUACUCGGCCCUGCAGCUCGCCGAGGUCAAUCGCGCCAAGAACCAGCUGCGCUCGUCGCUGCUGAUGAAUCUGGAGUCGCGCAUGGUCGAGCUCGAGGACCUGGGCAGACAGGUGCAGGUGCACGGACGCAAGAUCGGGGCGAUGGAGAUGUGUAAGCAGAUCGAGGCCGUGACGGUGGCGGAUCUACGGCGUGUUGCCAAGGACGUGUUCUUCGGUAAGGUGAAGAACAAGGGGAUGGGCACGGGACUGCCGACGGUGGUGUUGCAGGAGGGAGAGUUGGAAGGAGUCAAGUUGAAUCCGAUGAGGUGGAAUGAUAUUCAGGAUAGGAUUAACGGGUGGUAUCUAGGAAGAAGGUGA